CGCACCGCCCACUUGUAUAGUGAGCGCGCAGAGAUUCUUUGAUCAGAGGGAUUUAAAGAACACGAAUGGGAGGUUGAUUGAAUAAUGUACUACUCGACUGUCUUUUACAAAAGACCAUUUUAACAUCGUCACUCCCGUUUUACAGAAGAACAUCUUAUAGAAGAGAUGCAAUUUCAAAGAAUAGACUCUAAAUAGAAAAACAGAGCUGCAUGUGAUGAAGAACACACCAUUAAUUACCCACGGUAUUACAAACUAAAAAAAGGAAUGAACUGGACAUGGCUUGUCAGGAAGUAGACUUCAUCGAGCAACAGGGCAUAUCUGUUAAAGAAGAGCAUUUUGAGUGGCAAUCUUGUCCCCCUGUGCAAGAUGGUUUCUGCAUCAAACAGGAGGAUCAUGCUACUGAUAUUAAAAAUGAAGAUUCUGAACAGGGGCCCUUCUUCAUUAAAAGAGAGCAUGCUUCUCUUGACCUCGAAAGGCAAAGCCAUGGAACUGUAAAUGUCGAACAAAGCAUGACUUCACAGAAUGACUGUAACAUUCAAAUGUGGCCAGAAGUAAAAAUAGAAGCACGUGGUGUAGGCUUCAUUCAGAAGAGACAAAUGUCCACCCAGAAGCAGUCUGCCCUCGUGAAACACGAGUUGAUUGAAACUGAGGACACAUGUUGUGGAAGUCAAGAGGAAGGGCAAUUAUCAGAUUUGCAAGAGAAUAUGAGCUUUACCCUGCCUUCAGUUGCACAGGCCUCCCCACAGCACAUGGCUCAAGAGAAUGACAACAUUAUGAAGGAAUUCACAUUGACGUCAGGCAAAAUACAGUCACCCAUUUCACAGUACAGUUCUUUGUCUGUGGAAAAGCCAAUACAGUUGGACUCUAUAAAACCACGUAAAUGGAAACGUAGUGCAAAACCAGUGGCGUAUAUCUGCCAAGAGUGUGGGAAAAGUUUUAAACGGAAAUCUAACUGUAAUGAGCAUCAGAGGAUUCACACUGGAGAAAGACCCUACUGCUGUUCUGAGUGUGAUAAACGAUUUACGGAUCGCUCCCACCUUCAGAGACACAAGAAAAUCCAUACUGGAGAGAAGCCACACUGUUGCUCUGAAUGUGGCAAAUGUUUCUCACGCAAAGGUAGCCUUCAGAAACACACAAUAAUUCACACUGGCGAGAAGCCCUAUUGCUGUUCUGAAUGUGGCAAGCAGUUCAUAGCAAGACAACAGCUUCAGAGGCACAAGAGAAUUCACACUGGAGAAAAGCCCUAUUGCUGUGCUGAAUGUGGUAAACGAUUCUCACAACUGAGUAAUUUGUACAUUCAUAAGAGAAUUCACACUGGUGAGAAGCCACAUGGCUGUUUUGAAUGUGGCAAGCGAUUCUCCCAAUUAAGCAACCUUAAGACACACACCAAAAUUCACUUUGGCGAGAAGACACAUUGCUGUCCUGAAUGUGGCAAGCAGUUCUUACAUGCAAGUGCUCUACAGAAACAUACAAGAAUUCACAAAGGAGAAACAUCCCAGCAACUAAUUUUCUUUACCAAAAUGAGGGUGAGGCCAGUGGGGGUGCUGGAGCAUAAAGACAAUGCCAAGGACAUGUCUAGCCUGUGCACCCAAAGAAGGCAAGGCUCACUCCCUCCACCCAUGUCAGGAAAACAGGACAUCACUGACCUGGAAGGAGAACUGCGCAAGGCUGAUGUCACCAUGUGGCAAAAAGUGGACUGUAUCAAGGAAGAGGGUUGUCAGUAUGGGUCCAUCCACUUGACCCCACAUUGUCUCUGUGUAAAACAGGAGGAUUGUGAUUUGAGGACUGUGGGUAUUAAAGAAGAAUCUGAACCCACAUCCAUCAGCCUUGAAGCUAGUAGUACACUCAUGAUGAAUGCAGAUGAUGCCAGUGUAACAACAUGCGUGUCAGUGAAAGAAGAGAUGAUUGAUUUAGAGAUUACUCAAGGAAGGAAGUGCUCUGCUUCACAUUAUAGGGAAGUGAAGACUGAAUCACUAGAGCCUCCGGAUAAGACAGAGAUGCUUGAGCAAUGGACACCUUCAGGGCAGCCUGGGAAAUCAGAUUUAAACCAGAAUGGCAGUGACUCCCUAUCCUCAUUUGCCCAGGCCUCUCUUCAUGCUGUUUCUGUUCAAUUCCACAUUGAGGAAGAUGAGAAGGAACCCAUUCCUCUGCUAGAAGAUAUCAAACUGGAUCCUGUGGAGCGCAGCAUACCACCUUUUGAGAAACUGACAAGUGCUGAUUCCAUCAAGCCGCAGAAAGCAGCAAACAGUAGCAGUCCAUCAUCAUCAUCAUCAUCAUCAUCUUUCUUUUCUUGCCAAGAGUGUGGGAAAGGUUUUAAACGCAAAUCAGAUUGUAAGAGGCAUCAGAAAAUUCACAGCAGAGAGAAGCCCUACUGCUGUUUGGAGUGUGGUGAAAGAUUUGCGCACACAGGCAGUUUUCAUAAGCACGAAAGAAGCCACACUGGAGAGAAACAGCAUUUCUGCACUGAAUGUGGCAAGCAGUUUUCCCAAAAAAGAGACCUUCAGGUUCACAUGUUUACUCACACUGGAGAGAAGCCACAUUCCUGUACUGAAUGCGGGAAACAAUUUUCACGUGUAAGGAACCUUCAGACCCAUAAGAGAAUUCACACAGGAGAAAAGCCUUACUGCUGUACUGAAUGUGGUAAGCAGUUUUCACUUGUAGGUAGUCUAAGACGUCAUAAACGAUAUCACACUGGCGAGAAGCCACACUGCUGUUCGGAAUGUGGCAAGUGUUUUACUCAACUGGGUCAUCUCCAGAUACACAAGAGAAUUCACACUGGAGAGAAGCCAUAUUGCUGCCCUCAGUGUGGCAAGCGAUUCUCACAAAAGAAACAUCUUCAGACCCAUACACGAAUUCAUACCGGCGAGAAGCCAUAUUGCUGCACGGAGUGUGGCAAAGAAUUUUCUCAAAUGGGCAACCUUCAAACACACAUGAGAAUUCACACAGGAGAAAAGCCUUAUUCCUGUUCUGAAUGUGGGAAACGAUUCUCGCUCGUAGGAAGUCUGGCACAGCACAAGCGGUUUCAUGCUGGUGAGAAGCCACACUGUUGUAAUGAAUGUGGAAAAUGUUUCAUGCAGCUCGGCCAUCUUCAGAGGCAUAAGAUAACUCAUACUGGGGAGAAGCCAUUUGCCUGUAUUGAAUGUGGUAGGCGAUUCUCACGAAGAAGCAGUCUGCAGCUGCAUACCAAGCAACACACUAAGGAGAAACAACAAAACUCUUAUGAAAAUAACAGGGUAGUGUUUUUGCUUAUUGGACCAUUCAGUGCAAAUCCAGCUGUAACUUAUGUGCCAGUACAACCCACCACAUAAGGACCUUGAUAUCAAAAUCCUGUAAAGACACAGUACACAACCUUAAGAGUUUUCACUGAAAACAGCUGGAGGCAACCUUAACAGCCGAAAGAAAAAGAACUGUUAAUGUUGUGCAGGUGGUUUGUCUUUAUAGACACAAGUCUUCACGCAUAGCACUGUCUUUGUGGAGUCCCUCAGGGAAGCCUUCUUUAGGCCCUUUUUGCUUUUCUGUCCAUGUUCACAUUUGACCUGUUCUUCAAACGUCCUGGAGGGGUUUAAUGACAUCUAAUCAUUCAUUAUCAGCGUGACCCAAUACUCCGCUAAGCCAACAGUAUUUACGUAUGAUAUUCCCAGGUUAGAGUAAGGGCCCAUUGUGUAAAGUGUCUGUGAUUACCAACAUGGCCAUUCUAGUCUACAGGAAGUCUGCCAUUGAGUGCCAGUUAGCAAAAUGGUGUUUGUUUCAUUACAACACCUUUCCAGAGAACUAAUCCUUUUUUAUAUAAACUAAAUCUACUUGAACCUAGUGCUGGGAGGUAUGAACAAAAUU